GAGCCGACCCGGAUAAGGUUUAUCUAUCUUGCCAACAUUAGUCAUGGGUGGUUCGGUGUUAUUAUUCCGCCCGAAGCGUUUGUGUGGCUGUAACUUUUACUUUCGGUAACUUUGAGAUGAGUAUGUGCAGGAACAGGUGGGGUCUUAACAGAGUCUUUGUCGCUAAAGCUGUAGUUUUGACACCGGGGCCGUAGCUCGUCUCCAGGUUCGCCGGAGCUGUUGUUGGGUUUAGACUCCGUACUUAUGGUCAGGAUGCCGCUUUUAUUGCUGCUGUGCUGCCUGUCGCUGUCUGCUCGGGGUCAGCAAGACGACGGCGACUGGCUGGAUCCUUACGACAUGAUCAACUACGAUUCCAGCACCAAAACAAUGAGGAAACCUCCCGAGCCAACGACCUUCACCAAUGUGGGCACCAAAAGAAGAGAGUACGUCCAGGACCCGAACCAGGCUGAGCUGACAUCCUGCAAUCAGCAGGUGGCGGACCUCCAGAGGCAGAAUGAAGACCAAAAGAGAGAGAUUAAACUCAUGUCACAGCAGCCUACGUGCAAUCCAGUGUUCAAGAGGUUCCUGACCAGGCUGCUGAAGGAAAUACAGAGACUCGGUGUGCCCACUGACUCCUCUGAUGUACUUUAUGAUGCCAAGAUCAAGCUUUCCAAACAAGGUAUGACUGAGAUUCAGUCACUUCUGGAUGGCGAGGAUAGAUGGAGAACAGGAGCUCUGGACAGUGCAAUCAGUCAGAUUUUGGUGGACUUUAAACCGCAUGAUUAUGAGGCGUGGAAGUGGCGUUUUGAAGACACCUUCGGUGUUGAGCUUGACACAGUGUUAAAGGUCGCGUUACUUGUUCUCCUUAUAUCCACCAUCAUCUGCACCCAGCUGUGGUCAGCUGUCUCCUGGUUCAUGCAGUUCAAAAGGAUGUUCGCUGUUUGCUUUGUUAUCAGUAUUAUCUGGAACUGGUUCUAUCUGUACCAGACCGCCUUCGCGAAGCACCAAAACGAUAUUGUAAAGAUGGAAAACUUCAAUGCAAAAUGCACCGGAGUGAAGAAAAUCGACUACUGGGAUAAUCUGAAAGAGUUGUUCAGAACAACAAUGACUCUUCAAGAUGACCCCUGCAAGAAAUACUAUGAAGUGCUCAUGGUUAACCCUCUCCUUCUGGUGCCUCCAACCAAGGCAAUUUCAGUGACCAUCACAACCUUCAUCACAGAGCCACUGAAGCACCUUGGGCAGGGGAUAAGUGAGUUUCUUCGAGAACUCCUCAAAGAUCUCCCGGUUACCCUGCAGAUCCCAGUCCUCUUCACCAUUGUGCUUUCCGUCGUGGUGUUCAUGUAUGGAGGUGUGCAGGCAGCCUUCCAACAUGGCAUCACGGGACUCUUUCGCCGCCAUCAAAGGGAUCCACCUCCUCCAGAGCUGGAGCAGCGUCGUCCUUUGAGGAUUGAGGAUCAUGGUUACUUGGCUGGAGGGGAUGCACCUGGUCGUCCUCCUAUGCUUGCAGUUGAUCAACAGCACGUUCCACGUUACCAAGGUGAGAAUGCCAGGUUAGACAGGAACAACCUUCAACGGAGACUACCCUGUAGAGUGAGGGAGGCCCCCGCACCCAUUGGUGUGGAGACACUAAAAGCUGCAGACCCCCUGUUCAGCGUGGAUGGAGUCGAUGGUGAGCAGCAUGAGGAAAGCCCUGAGCUAGCAGAGAACACCUCUGUUGACUCAGGGUCUGAAGAGCAGCAGGAGGCCCCAGAGGACGUUGAAGGAGAAAGUCCUGCUGCUAAAAAAGACGUACCAGAAAACCAACAAGCUGAAUCAAAUUCAUCACAAGCAAAGAAGAAACCGAUAAAAACGAAGGAGCCAGGUUCUCAGGAUAAUCCCAGCAGAGACGUUACGGCAGCCCUACCUCGGCCAACAGAGACGCAGCGUUCUCAGACUGAUCAGGUUCAGGAUCCAGAAGCCUCAGCCAAAGAAAAGACGCCGUUGGCAUCACUGACACGCAUAGAGACUGUUGGAGUUCCUGUUCAGGAGACGAGUCCAGCAGCAGUGGAAUAGAUGCCAUUGAUCAAAGCAGCAGGUUUAAUACCAGUCUGUGAUUGGUGCAAUUUGGUCUGGUGAGAUAUCAGAGCAACUGGUUUACAAAUGGAUUCUGAUGGAAAUAAUUAAGACUGUAGACUCUCAACCACCAGCACAGAUCAUUUUCUGUGUUGUGCUCAACUUUGUUGAAAGACUGCUCAUUUGCUCAGGAUGAUGUUAAUUGUUUUGUGGUAAAAAGAGUUGCACAGAGCAGCCUUCCUUCACCACCAUCAAAGGUGCAGGAAUUUCACAGCUGUGCUGUUGGUCACAGUUUUAUCAAUGGACAAGAAUGAUGGGAUUACAAUUUUAAUUAGAAAUCCAUAUACGUUUUGAAAUUGGAAUAAAAAUUUUCUACUGAUUUAAAUUUUUUAUUAAAUGAAAGAACAUGAUGUCUAUAUAAAAAUAAAUUAAUAUUUUUAACUCCUUA